AUGACUCUUCUCCAAUUUCUCCGCCAUGCCCGUCAAUUGCAUCUCGCAUUUCUCGCAGGUAGACUGCCUGAGCCCCCAAUUUACGUGCUAGGCAACCCCUCCGCCGACCUCGACUCGAUAAUCUCCACCAUCAUCUACUCCUACUGUGCAAACAACCGCCGCCCAACCAUAUCCUCACGACCCCACAUCCCUUUAAUUAACCUCCCAAACGUCCCCGCCGGCUCAGAGCUUUACCGAUUACGCCCAGAAUUCGUCACCGCGUUAUGGCUGUCGACGAAUUUCCCCGCGCUGAACAUGGACGAGCGGUUUGGAAACGCGUCCGAAUCUGCUGGGAAGAUCCUGCGCGAACACCUUGUGACUGUGGCGGAUUUUGCGCAAGGCAUAAAGGGGCGAUCGAGCGCGGAUAAACUUAUCGCAGACGCGACGAUGGUCGAUUGGAAUGCUAUGCCGAUUCGUGAUGGGCAGAAGAAGGGCACGGGGUCGUUGGCUGGGUUGGAAGAGGUUUCUUUCCGCACGGUGGGGUGUAUUGAUCACCACGUUGAUGAAGACUUUGUUCCACCGCGUGAUACCUUGCCGCAAGGCCAGCCGAUGAUCAUCCAGCCGGGUCCGGGAUCAUGCUCUUCGUUGAUCACGCAUGAGUUGGAGUCGAGUGGACUCUGGACUGCAUGCUUGGGGACAUAUUCUGCGGAGGAAAUGGCGCAGAUCGCGAAGCUUGCUUUAGCUGCCAUGCUUAUUGAUACCUCAAACUUGACUGCCGAGGGCAAGGUUACGGAUGUCGAUGUUCAAUCUGUAGAAUUCCUACGAACGUUUGUGGAUUCUGUCCAUGGCAAAUGGGAGAUGGAGACAUUCUAUGAGCAGAUCCUGGCCGCGAAGAAGAAUAGUCUUGACUUAUUGAAAUUUGAGGAGAUCUUGGACCGCGAUUACAAGGAUUGGACUGAGACAACACGGUCAUCGAAGACGAGUCUCAAACUGGGCUUUUGCUCUUCAGUGAAGCCAAUCUCCUGGCUUAUUCAAAAGGCCGGCGGCUGUCAAGAAUUCCUGGAAAGAACGAAGAAAUUUGCCACUGCAGAUGACAAGCAGCUCGAUGUUGUGGUUGUGAUGUCCUCUUUUACAUCCGCAGAUGACCAAUUUUCUCGUGAACUGUUCAUUGGCGCCGCCGGACAUGAAAGCGUCGCCAUCGAUAGCAUCAAUGCUUUUAUUGAACAGGUCUCGUCGGAACUAGGCCUUGUAAAUUGGAAAUCAGUGGAUAAGGAGAAAAUCGAACUCGAUGAGGAGGAGAUUACAUCCAGUUUAGAUGGGGAGGCUGAUCUCUGGAGCCGACUCUGGCUACAGACAAAUUCCACUGCCAGCAGGAAACAGGUGGCCCCUAUGCUUCGUUCGACGGUGGCAAAGCUUUGA